AUGGCCCGUAGUGGAAAGAAGAGGAAGAAGUACAGAAGAAAGAAAAGGUUAAAAGUAGAGGAAGACGGUUAGAAUAAUGGCGGGCACAAAAGUAGUGUUUCGUGACACAUUUUUCACGGUAGUUGAAAAUUAAAUUACUACAAAUCGUGCAACAGUAUCGCAAAGUACAUUGAACGUUACUUCUUCUCUAUUUCCAAUGACGGCUAUCUUUACGGACUUUGCUGUCGUCAGUGUGCUCGAUCCUCUUAGGUCGCCAUAUUACUGUGUCGUGCCGUGUAGUAUCGAAUUGUGCCGUGAACGUUAUCACUUUUGUACAAAAAUUCCAUAGAUAUAUUAAAGUAAUUCAGUAUAUCAUUGUAUUUGACCAAAAUUGAAAACACAAUCCACAUUAUGGUUUGUACAAAUUCUUUCAGUUAACCUAUAGUGUGAGUGAAUCGAAGCGUCGAUUCAAUUGACAUGAGGUGCGUUUGUGGAAGACGGUCGGCUGGUUAUUCUCAAGAAUAAACCAAGAGGAAAAAUGUCGGUAACUAGUGUACUAAAGUGAUUGUCCGAAUACGUGUACUGUCCAUUUAUAAUUAUGAUUCUACUGUACGCUUGCUUUAUCUAUUUACGAAUCGUCUAUUUGGAUAUGCAUCGAUAUAAAGGAUAAUUUUGACAAAACGUUUAUUACGAAGAGGAUUAUGUAUUCGAAAACGAAGUUUAUCGCCCGCCGACACAUCUUUUAUGACGAGCAUCUUGCUAGGAGCACACUAUCUGACAUUACUUUUUUCGAUUUGUUCGUGCAUAGUUGGUGCGGAUGAACUCUUUAAGAGGGAAGAAAAAAGACAAAAGGACGAACUCAAUUUCAUAGCACCAAUUAAUUUAUCCCCGUAUCAGGGAAAACGAAGGAACAACGACAGGGGCGCUGCGAGCACUCGAUGCGCGACACUUCCUACUUGAGGAAACAGCACAAUGGCUGAGGACCGAAAUAAUUCCCAAGGGUUGGUUGGGCAGGCGCAUACGACAGAACACGGUUCGCCACCACCUGGGACAUCGACACUCUCAGCAGUGUCAGAAGUCGGGACGGUCGCUGGUACGAUAGCGACAACGGGUGGCAUUCGUCGAGACGACUCACCACCGCGAGGUCCACGAACAUUAUUGCUACGUCGAGGUGAAAAUGGUUUUGGCUUUACGCUACGUCACUUUAUCGUUUAUCCACCCGAGUCCUGUUGCAUGCUACCAGGGCAUGAACGAACGAGAAUAGACGAACCGAUGGACACGAUAUUCGUGAAACAGGUACGCGGAAAUUCGCCAGCAGCAGAAGCAGGUUUACGUACAGGGGAUCGAGUCGUUUCUGUAGAUGGAAGACCUACACGUGGUGAACAGUACGCGAAAGUAGUUCAACGUAUUCAACAGGCAGGACCUUGGUUACGACUUCUCGUGGUUUCCAAAGAAGACGAUAUUUUGCAGAGAUAUUUUGGCGAGACUGCACAUAAUCCUGAAACGAAUCAACGACCGCGAUUGCGUUCUCCGGAAAGAACUGGACAUAGGCAACGUAGAUCUGUCAGUAUGAUUCCUGGUUUAUCGCCAAGAACAAGGCAAUCGUGGGUUUGUUCCGCGCCGAGUACAAUAUCAACGUCGCUAUGUCAAGAUCAAGAAUCAACUCGACAAUUGAUCGACGACGGUGUUUCCAGUCGAGAUCAAGAAAUUCGAUCGAAUGAUUUUUCUGAAGAAAUUCAACAGACGCCCGGGAAUAAUGGUAAAACGCAGUUACAAUUAACAAGAAAUGUAAUUUAUCGUUGCAAACCUUCGCAAGAUGUAGCUAGUCGAUAUGAAAUAAUGGAUGACAAAGUAAAAUUACGAAAUCAGCAACAACAAUCCGGAAAAGAUGCUUCAAAUUUAACUAUGAUACAGUCUUACGAUAGAUCGAUACAGCCAGAUGUAAAAUACGAUAAGUAUGACGUUUAUGAUAGAACGCGUUCCGAGUCUAUUUAUUCGAGAACCAACAGCGAUCAAAUUUACGAUAGGAUCAAAGAUCCGAUAUAUGAACGCGUUCGAUUCGGAGAAACAAUGCGGACAAGUAUGGAUGAACGCCAUCAUCAACAGCAACAAUCACCGCAACAGCAGCAGCAGCAGCAGAAACAGCAACAGUAUUAUCAAUCCCAUCAACAACAUCCGAGUUUGACGCGUGCUCCGUUAUCUCGAGCAGAACCACAGGUACCUAUUUAUCGGCCUGCUACAAGAAGAGUGAGUUCACGGCGUGCCAGUGAAGGAAGUACUAGUAGCUCGAUAAUCAAUAAUUUCGAAACGACAAGCUACGUUAGCACCGAUGCACUUAAAUCUUGCGACCCCGUUUCCAGAUUUAGUGUCGAUUCUAGGAGGGGUUCUUCUCCAAUUCAUGUUAACGAUCCGUUGUCUUUCGAGUCCGGUUGUACUCUAGUCGGAAAUGAAACCAAUGGAAGCAGAACGGAGAAUAGAAAUGGAAAUUUGAGUGGGUACAGAAUGAAUAAUGGUAAUAGCUCGGGGUCUACUACCGGCAUAAAUAUCGCAAGUACAAAUAUCGAUGACUCGAUUAUCAUGACGAGAAUUCGCAAAAGUUUCGAGCAGAAAGAAGAAUUUUUGCGAAGGCCGAGUCAUCCGAUUGGUUGGUUUCUACCAGAUGAAAGACCAGAAUCUCCUGUUAGAAAUAACAGUAGCGCGGCAGUAAUUCCGCGGGAAUUUUAUGCAAGGCCGCAAAAACUUCAAAAACAAAUUUGGCCACCGAAUGAUUCGAAACAGGAUCAACAACCGUCUACAUCGAGAUGUACUCAAGAUAACAGAACCUUUUCUGGGAAACUCGCGUCAGAUAAAUCCUCUUCUAACCAGAAUGCACAAAGAUUGAAGAGUAGCGGUAGUACGGUAGAAGAAAUCGACUAUUUUACUUCUCGGAACGAACAAAUCGAAGAAUCUUCUAACACGAUUCAUCCUUUGGAACAUGUACAUCAACAAAUGGUAGCACCGAUAUGUGAUCGUCUAAGUACUCCGUCCGUUUAUGAAGAUCGCCGCGAUUUGUCAGAUUCGAAAGAGUCUGAUAAACAUCAGCAACAAUUACAACGAAACAUCGGCAAAUCGAAUAACUUUGUUGGAACAUUGUCGAGGAUACAUGAAAACAUCGCAAGCGUAGGAGCUUUGCUCUCCUGUGAACGACAAUCUAUGGAUAUAAAAAGCAGUUCUUCUUCUUUACCUUCGUCUCCCGGACUUGAAAAGAAGGUAAAUGAUAAGUUUCCGGUGCUUCCACAAGGGCUACAAAUCGUAUCAAAGCGAGCCAAACAAUUCGAGUCGGGACGACUGUUAAGCGACGACGACGAACCGACCGGUGAUAGAACGAAUCUCUACAAAAGCGAACUCUCAAGAUUAUCUAACAAACGUAGCGUACCAAAUGUUGCUGUUCGGAAGAGAGAAUUUGAAUCGAAAGCCGAAGCUCAAGAACCGAGAAGAGUGCCAUCCGUAUCAAUUAGAGAAACCAAGUCCUUGGAUAGUGGUUACGGAUUAAAAGGAAACAGAAUAAUUCCUGUAGGCAGCAGGCACAUCCAUUGCGAACCACCGGUCAACUAUAACACGCUAGAAGAAACACAAAAUUCGAAAAUCACAGAUGUGGAAACGGUACGGCCAAGAGUUCGUAGCAAUAGUGCUGAAUCAUGGGAAUCGACGACCAACUCCGCAAAGCUUCAUUGGUCCGAACAAAACGAUAGCGAACGAAAGCGGGAUACAAAUGAAAAUGACGAUUUUGUAUAUGUUGAUGGGUCAAGUACGUGUGACGGGAACGAGAAAAUUGUUGAAAAAGUACCUAGAAAACAGCAACAGGAUGGUUACGCGCAAAUCGUCAAAGCCGAACACGGUGUGCUGCCAUCGGAUAAUGAUAUGCACAAUAACGAAGUUGUGUUCAGGCGACAAAAGAAUAUGCAAAUUGCAGAUGAAGAUCGUGCAACGAGAAGGGUGUCUUACUUGAAAGCAACUUGGGGCGAACGAAUCCACGUUGACAGUGAUUUGGAACUAAGCGAUUCCGAGCCUAUUAUCCAUACCUCUAGAAGCAUUCAUAAGAGAUGGCGGCUACCGUUACUUCCAAACGAUAUAGCAUCGCUACGUCGCAUCUUCGAGGAGGUGACUCAAUCUACGAGCUUAAACAAAAAUAUUAAUCGUGGAAAUACUACUUGUACUGGUCGAGAAGCAGCGACUGGCGUUGUAAAAGACAUUGGACAAGUGGAACGGGAAGGACCACUGCAUGUAAAAUUCACUGUUCUUGAUGGCAAGCGAUCUUCCGAUCGUUCAUGGAAACAGCUAUGGGGCGUUCUUCGUGGACCGAUUCUCUUCUUUUAUAAGGAUCGUCAAAAUCAGAGUCCUUCGUUGGCCUGCGACGGUGAAAAUGUAGCUCAAAGCGUAGACGUGAGAUGUUCCCUUGUCGAUAUUGCGGAGGAUUAUACAAAACGUAAACACGUAUUACGAUUGGCGAAUCCGAAUGCAGAGGUUUUGCUGCAGACCGAAGAUGCAGCAUCCAUGGCACUUUGGUUACGAGCGUUACAUGAACAUGCUGCCGUUGAAAAACCGUCCGAAAUUACUCACAAUAGCACUUUGAAGCAACAAGCUGUUCCACAAACUCCAGGUCCUACCAGCAGUUCUUCAUCGUGUCAAACAACCACGAAUACUAGUGCAAUGAUAAUGUCGAGUGGUAGUGCUAGUGGUGGGAGUGGUGGUGGUGGUGGUGGUGGUGGUAGUGGUGGUGGUAGUGGAGGUCAACGAUUAAGUCCUCUUCCAGGACACAAAGGUAUCAAAAAGUUAACGUCCUUUAGAAACAGAUCUCCGACCGGUCAAUCACCGAUAAAUAAAACUCGGAAACCGAGUCAAAUGAUCGAUAGUUUAGUUUCUCCAAAAACUAAGACAUGGAAAGGUAGAGUUGCGAAACAAUUGCGAAGAAUGCACGGUCAAACCGGAUCUCCUUCGUCACCAACCACGCAACUACCACCGGAGGGUGCUACUUUCAAAGUACCACUUGAACUCUGCCCACCGUCGUCUUUCUCGGAGUAUGUACCAUUGAUUGUUGAAAUGUGCACAAACAUUGUGGAAGCAAGGGGUCUCGAGGUCGUUGGUAUCUAUAGGGUACCCGGUAAUACCGCCGCUAUUUCACAUCUAACAGACAGCGUGAACAAAGGAUUCGAAAAUAUUAAUCUUCAGGAUCCUAGGUGGAGCGAUGUAAAUGUAAUAUCUUCCCUCCUUAAGUCCUUCUUUCGACAGCUUCCGGAUUCAUUGCUCACCGCAGAAUUAUAUCCGAUGUUCAUUGAUGCUGAUAAAGUUGAAGAUCCUCAGAGAAGGAUGACAACGAUAAGGAAGUUGCUGAGAGAUCUUCCAGAACAUCAUUUCGAGACUCUCAAGUAUCUGAUGUUUCAUCUAAAAAGAAUUGUCGAACAUAGCGAGGUCAAUAAGAUGGAAGCAAAGAACUUAGCCAUUGUAUUUGGUCCUACGUUGGUGCGAGCAAGUGGUUCCAGAGAUAAUAUGGUUACUAUGGUUACCGACAUGUCACACCAGUGUCGGAUCGUUGAGAGCUUAUUAAACAACGUCGACUGGUUCUUUUCGGACGAUGAUUUGGACGAUUUAAGCAGACUGAGCGUUAAUCUUAGCCUUCCAGCCGAUGCUAGCGAGAUCGAAACCACAACUUCCAGUAAUAAUCAUAAUCUUUUGUUGAACAAUAUUCAAAAAGUCGAAGGAGUACGUGAAAUGGCAUCUGCCAAGGACAUUGUAUCAUCCAUUAUAUCUGCGGCUAACCGAAAGAUACAAAGAAGAAGGAAAUGUCAAGAUGAAACUGACAACGAAACUCACGAAGUCGAUAAGGUUUGGUUUAAUCCGAGGAUGAAACAAGAAGUGGAAAACCUUCAGAAUCGACGGAGUAUGGCAUUGAAUGAAAGGCAAUGUUCAGUCAGUGAGAUCGUUUUAAUGCACGAAAGUCAGAGUCAAUCGAAUCGUUCCAUCGAUCGAUCCAAUCGAUCUCCGACGCUCGAUGAGACUGCAAUUAAUAACGCUAUUGCUGGUAACGGUAGCAUAACUGACUGUGCCAUAGAUACCCAUGAUGUAUUGAAUAGCUAUGAUGAUGUUUCCCCCGAUAAAUCGAAUAAAUAUUUAAAUGUUGCGGUAGAGUCAGUUCCAUCGAUUCAACCAGCUCAUCGCUCGGCCGUCUCGUCGGCUUCCGAGUCGUCACGACUCUCUAGCGAGACUGGCUUGAGCUGCUUCGACGCAAGUUCGACGCUUUCGAGCGCUUCGAACGAUACCAAACAAAGCAAUGACGAGAUCGCGAUAAGAACGUACGCAGGAUUGAAUGCAACUACCCAAGAACGUAUACGAAGGUUCGAACAGGAAACAAAAGCAAUGCUACAAAGAGAUCAGAAUAGACAAAGACGAGAAGCUGAAAAGAGAGAAGAAGAACGACGAAGGAUCGAGAUGGAAUGGCAAGUGGCUAAACGUGAAAUGGAGAACGAUGAUCUACUCGACAGUAUAGUUGAUACCACGGUGACAACGCCUACUUAUCUUUCAUCCGCAACACGAUUGUCCAAUUUUGGUGACAGAAUUACCGAUAAAUCCUUCCUUGAUAUCGGUUCUCGAUCGACUGCUCGGAUGCCACCUCUUUCGAUAGCUGUGCAACAACAACCCAUAUCCACUAGACGAGUAACGCAACACACGGACGAGCCUACUGCGAUUUUACCCCCAGAGAACAUUCCAAACACCAUUAUAAAGAAAUUGAAAACCGAUACAGAGCAGUCAUUGGAACAAUCAACGUUACCACCUAUUCGUUACGGCAGCUUGGACUCUCUACACGAAACACACGACAUUUCUCAGUCGUCAGUUUCACCGACCAAUCAACAACGGAAACCCCUUUCGAGCGAUGUCUCAGACGAUGGGCGAAUGCAAGUACCAGGGUCAGUGUCAGUGUCAGACGCAGGCGACGUCAAUGUCGCGCAACGAUCAUCGACACCCAUCGCAUCCUCUUCGGGAAUACCGGCCUCGGAGCCCUCCGAAUUCUCGGAGCCUAUCGAGCCUGUCGAGCAAUCACCACCGCGAGGGGUGUCUUCGGGCUCAGGGGCCGGAUUAUCUUCCAAGACUUUAAACAGAUUCCUUCGAGGUAGCGACCUUUUGACCAGCUUGACAACCACAUUCGAUCGUAAAUGGAGGUCUCUUGUAAAUUCAUCGAAUCAAACGAUUCGUGGAUCCACUACGGAAAAUCUGUCCUUCAGUGACGAGGAUACUAUGAUAACAAAAGAGUCACAAAAAUUACGUAAUCAACGAAGAGGAUUGCGAGAAGAAAAAGACGAACACAAAACGGCUGCACCUCAAUCGGUGAAUUCUCAUUCGGUUGAAAGCUAUCGGGAUCCGAGUCUUCAUAAAACGUCUAUCGAAAAGCAUCAAUACGUUCGUCAAAAAAAUGAUGCCCCAGAGAAAGAUACGGAUUCAUCGGUAACGGAGAAUAGUAGUGUCGAUCGACUGGAUGCUGAUAUACCGGACAAUGAUAGAAGUGCUAUUGUACGUAAAAGGAUUGAAUCGAAACAAGAACAAUUGCGAUCGAGCAAGGAAACAGUCGACGUAUUAAUUUCCGGUGCGAAUGAAGCACAAGAAUGUUGUAGGAUCGAAAAAGAAACGUCUGGGUCAGCACAAGGUGGAAAGGUAGCCGAUGACGCGAAAGAUUUUCGACACGAUGUCGAUUCGAAUUAUUCCAACAAACUGGAAAAAUUUGAAAGCCUGACGAAUUUUGAAGUCAGAUCGCGACUGAAAAGGUCGGAAUCUUUAAAUAAAAGAUCUGAAAACACUUCGUCCAAGUUGAAGAGGUCUGAAAGUUUAAACAAGCAUUCCGCUGAAAGACUUUCGUCACCAACCAAUGGUAAAUUGAAACGAUCCGAAAGUUUGAAUAAACAUUCAGAAAGAUCCGAUUCCCCCAACAGUAAGUUGAAACGAUCGGAAUCACUGACAAAAACUGAGAAAACUGAAUGUAAUAUCAGCAAGAGACGGCAAUCUGUGAGGAAAGAUAGUGCGACGAAACUAAAACGAAAGAAUGGUAUGCCCGAACGAUCGAUUAAGCGCAGGCAUACUGUAGGGGGUACUAAGGACUUUGACAAAGUGCAUUGGUUGGAUAAUAAACUGCAAGUCGAGGCUGAAAGAGUGGUUAGAAACGAGUAUAGGCCGAAGAAAAGUCAACUUAGAACAAGUUCACCGGAUUUAAGUACCGGUCGUAUUGGUCUCACCGAUGCUAGUUUUCUUAUCGAAGUUAGCUUUCGCGGCCCAAGUAACGUUGUCUUUAACGUGACCAAUGCUCGUCCACAAUCUUUACCGGAUACCAGCUUAGCUUCCAAAGUGUUUAAAGUACCUCUCGAGAGUCAUGUAUAAUGCGCAACACACGAUAGAACGUUGCAUCUAAAGAGAAAAAAAGUAAGAGUUAAUAAAAGAGAAGAUCCAUAAAUAUUGAUAUUUCAGUCAUCAAAUACCAACGCGUUUCUUUCUCACGAAGCAUUUAUAUCGCAGCGUGUCAAUUACUUAUUUACGUAUCGUACUUGUAAACCGUGAUCGUGUGCAAUUUUUUGUACAUAUAACGUAUAUAGAUUAGACAAAAUUAUCGAACGCUCUGAGCGAAUAUGCACGUAUGUAACGUAUGUAACCUGUAUCUAUGUAUUGUUGCAUGCGUGCACUCUUAACUCGCUAUAAGCGUCAGAACAAACGUUUAACCCAUAAGUUUUAUAUCUCUUAGUAAUUGAAUACAACCAAUUUUCACAUAGUUUUGCACUUAACUAAACGCAUCGGCUGUGUGAGGUCGACAAAUUUGAUCGACAUGUAUCAUCUGUCUAUGCAUUUUAGGCAUAUUUAUAGAGUGGCAAUGAUUCGUGAAUCAUGCUUUUCUUCCCAGGGCGAAUAUUAUUCGCUUACUCGACUAUAUACGCGUAUAUGGAGACUGGAUUUGUUCGAAGAUUUAACAUGAACGAACAAUGGUACUUCUUUUACUCGAAAAAACGUAGUUUCUUCGUUGAAUACGAUUAUUCGAUAUAGUUGUGAAAUCAUUUAAGGCAGCUUAUGAGCCUGACAAUCUAAGCCUUGUAAAUAUCUAUAUGUACGUGAACCGAUGAAACUACAGACCGACGAUAAAGCGAUAUUUAUUUUAAAUUCGUAACAAUCGUGAUACUAUUAUUUAUUGAAUAUGCGAGAUACCUGAAAUUGAAGGAAGUAUGUAUUACCU